AUGAAUAAAUUAAAGGGUAAAAAAAUUAUCACAUCAUGUUUAGCGAAUUUUGAAAGAAGGGGAGGAGGGGGGAAAAGUAACUUUUGUGCAUUUCACACGAAAGUAAAGAAGAAGAAAAAGAAAGGUGUAACCCAUAGCAGCAAUGGGACAAACCUCUUAAAAAAUUUAUGCAAUAAAAACAUUAUCAAUGAUUUGGAUCCCAUAAAUUUAAUUGAAAAUCUGAAACAUGUAACUGAGUGUAGUGUCGGUGAAGAUGUUAUUAGGAAUUAUCUGUACAGAGUAAAACUACUAAACGAACAAUGGAGCCUUAACAAAAUAUACUUCAUUUUCAAGACGCUUGUGAAAUACAACCUUCGGGAUGUUGUCCUGAUGAAUAAGUUGGAGAAGAUCGUCAACGAUUUAGUUCCGCUAUGCCAAGUAAAUAAGGCGCAAAGAGAUCCCUUUGAAAAUGUGUACAUUGUGAGGAUAUCCUACAUUCUACAUGCGUUCUGUCACUUUGGGUAUUCAAAUUGUGAAGUAGUGAAAACGUUAGUAAACAUUUUAAGCACCAAGUUGGACUACAUCAUUUAUUAUAGCAACUAUGCCAGUCCAGUGUUUAACGACUAUGCCCUGUUCUGUGAGGACAAGGGCCACUACGUUCUGAGGGGGGAUACCUCAGCUGCCUCGUCGCCUCUAUCGGGUGACAAAACGAAUAACGAAGCAAAGGGUAGGGUAAGCACCAUUGACAUGAACGAUAUGUUCAACAUGGUUGACGCUGCAUGCGUGGAUAAGGAGACCAACCAAAGUGCCAACCUAUAUUCAACCUCCCACGUGGAAUGGCAAAGAAGCGAGGAAGCCUUCGUCAGGAACAUAAACUUUAACGAGAUCUACCUCAUUGUGAACACCUUGAAAGACUCCAAGUACACAAAUAAGGUUUUCCUAAACAAGCUCAAAUUUCUGUUUUAUUUUAAUUGCAUAAAUUUAGACAGAGGAACUGAUAGCCACUACAAAUAUGUUACCCUUCUCUUCAAUUUCUUUUACGAACCAGAUGACAUGCAUCUCCUAAAUAUUGUGAAAUUCUUUUUAAUAAACCACCCACAUAUGAACAAUGUGCAUGAUCUGGUUUUAACGCUGGUGACGGUUUACUACGGGGGUCUCGAAAGGAGAGGGAACCUUGGCAGCAUCAGUAGCAGUAGAAAUGGCACAGGGGGAAAUGUAGUUCACAAGGAAGAGUAUAUUAACAGAACUCAUAAGAAGAACCUGAAAUAUACGCAGGGUGAUGAUAUAGUUAGCAUUAUAGAAGGCAUUCCUUUUAUCCCUAAUGGGAAGAAGGAAAAAUUGAAGAAAAUUCUGCAGCAUGUGAACCAGCACAUCAGUGUUAGCAGUACGAACAUUUUCGAUCUUAUAUACGAUAAAGUUUUACACGUGUUGAGUUAUAAAUAUGAGGAGGAAGAAUUCGAAGGGGAAGGAACUAAUGAUCCUAAACUGUUGCAGAAUGUACAACUCCCAAUCAGAAGGAGAGCAAAUGAAGCUUCCCUCUGUCGGAAUGAUAAAUCGAGUGAACUACAAAGCUUAACGGAGUUAGUCAAAAUUCGCAUCUUCACUUUUGGAGAAGUGGAUCCUUUAUUUUAUUUGUACUUAAAGAAUAAAGUGCAACUUUUUAACAUCGAUGCAGUACUGAACAUAAUGAAGAGCUUUAUUUUUGUGUACCAGAUGCAGAAUGAGUUGAAAAAAAACUACCAUAGGGUACAUUUAAGUGAUAGAUAUACAAAUGUUGUAAGAAACAAUUUGGGUAGUUUAACAAGUCUCAUCAUUCAAAUGGUUAGUUCCAUGUCCUUGGACAAACUUUAUUCCUUAUGCAGUUUGAAGGAUCUCAGUAUGCUGCUUUAUUUCUUCUAUCAAAUAGGUAAUAUUUUUAUGAACCAAAAGUUUGAAGAAUUGUACUUAAAAAAGGUACAAAGUUAUGUAGACAGUAUUGUAAUUACCAAGUUGAAGUUACUUCUGGGGGGAGGAAACCUCGAUGGUCACUCAAAAAAAGGCAUCAGCGCAAUUGUCUGGGGGAAAAAAACAGAGAAAUGCGAUGUCAAGACGGGAAAGGAUGACACAAUACAUACAAUACAUGCAAAUGGAAAAUAUUCGAAUGAGAAAAAAGAGGUGCUGGGUAACCGUGGUAGUGGAAAUUACCAACAUGGCGGUGCUGUACAGAAUCAUCUUAACAUAGCAAAAUGUGGGCAUGACAAAGGGGAGAGCAGUGAUGAGUAUUUCCCAAACGUGCAUUGCCCGAAUAGCGAAUGCGAGGAGCAGGGCGAUCCAAUUGACGCGCACAUUUUACUUCUCAAUAUGUACAGCAAAAGAGGACAAAACAAAAAUAUAAUUCAUAUGUUGUUGGAGAUAUUGAAUAGACGUCAAGUGGGAAGGAAAAUAAUGCCUUGCACGAUUUACGUAAAUUUACUAAACUCCUUUGCCAAACUGAGGUACCGAAAUUUGGAUUUGAUCGGCACAUGUUUACAAAGAAUUAGUGAGCACCUUGGGGAGUUGCAUUUUUUCGAAUACACGAAUUUGCUCAUCUCCCUAUCGAAGCUUAACGUGUUUGCUGUUAAUUUGAGUAUGUACGAUGGGGUAUUUUUUCCUCAGGAUGGUACUCCUCGGAGGUCUACUUAUCAGGAGGAGACAAAGAAAAUCUUCCUAAAUGAGUACAACAGUGAGGGCACAGAAAAAUUGGGAGAGGAAAAAAUUGUCAGCAAUUUAAAUAAAAUUUUGAAGCAAAUAAACGAAAGUAUCAGCGUCUUUGUUCCUGUUCCAAAUUACAAAAUGGCCAACGUCAUACCAAAUAUGCUCAGCAGUUACACAGUUUUGGGUUUUGAUAAAAUUGAUUUUAAAAAUGUGAAUAAAUUGUUAGAGUGUUUGUAUGAAUAUGUAUUUGGUUACUUCGAAGAAGGACACCUGAGCGGUGGUUGCAAAGAGCUCCCAAGCAGUGAUAGAACCCGCACCGUUGGAGACACGCAGCUGAAUGAAGACCAACCUAAGAAAAAUGAACACUCCUAUUUAUACCAAGACAUUCUCACCUGCAUGAAUAACCCACUCAGGAAAAACCAUUACUGGUACUUCAAUGAUAAGAACAACAUCACUGUAAGGAGAAGGGGGACGAAUGAAACGCUGUAUCUUCCAAUUCAGUGCUUGUACCAAGUGUACAUUUUUAAUGUCUACUUCAUGGCGUAUGUGCAGCGCUUGUUUAGUUCGCACGGAUGUGACAAAGUGGGUUCAGGGGAAUUGCCAAUUGGAGAAGCUCUAAUUGGCGAACCUGAUAGGGCAAACACCUCACCAAACCAUCCGCACAGUACAAAUUUAUAUUUAAGAAACAACCCAGGUGUUAAGGGAUCGGAAGCACAUACCCCCUUAAGCGAACGCAGCAGGCACAUCCUAAAUAAUAUCACAUUUUUUGUCAAGUAUAUAAACAAUUUCUUUAAGAAUAAAAAGUACGAAAGGUACAAUCUUUCCGCGCAGUUUGUGCACAGAUGUGAUGAUAAGGGGGAAUUAAAUGAGCAGUUAAUUAAUUACGUAAAAAACUGUAGCAUGCAAAUUAAGAGGGACUUUGCGAAUGUGCAUUCGUCCAGUUUUCACAGAGAGGUUCUUUCCACACUGCUUUCACUGGACGUCAAAAAUGUGCAGUGCGAGGUCCCAUUCAUGGACGGAAUAUAUACUGUAGACAUCGUCAUUAACAAUUCGGUAUGCAUAGAAAUUAACGGAAGCAACCAUUACUACUACGACAACAACUUGAAGAGAUCAGGCGAAAAGCUCGAUGCCCUAAAUCUGAUAAAGUAUUACUUGUUGAGCAAAAAGUAUAAGUUAAUUCUGGUCUCCUACCUGGACUGGAAUAAUCUGAAAAGUGCUGAGGAGAAGAAGGACUACUUGGUGAAAAGGAUCUGCGCAUAG